GAAUUUAAUGAAUAUUCAUGAAUAAUGAGAGAGAGAGAGAGAGAGAGAGAGAGAGAGAAGGACAGAGACAGAGUGGAGGAAAGAGAGUGAGAGAAAAAGAGAGAGGAAGACAGAAAGAGAACCACCACAAAAAAGAUCCUGACUCAGGAGCAGCUGUGUCUUCAUGUAAUUGUCCCCUUUUUUAGUUUGUUGUGUCUUAUCCUUUUUCUUUGAAACAUGUCAUCGCUGUUGAAGGAGGAGAUGCAGAAGCGGUUGUUCUGGCCAGAGGGACAGACGUUGAAAGACUUCAUAGAGAUUGAGGAGCCAGUGCAGUGCAGGCAUUUCCUCUGUGUCACAGUGUUGAAGAACAAGGAGGUCCAGCUGUCUGUGGUGCAAUGCCGGAAGCGUCAGUCAUCUCGCAAAAAAAAGACCAAACAGACUUUUUUAUUGGACUCCUACCAGAAGAUUGAGGUGUGGCACUUGCAGGAUCUUGCGCUGCUUGAUGGAAGAAAUCCUGACAUAGACGACCCGUGUUUCCUGAUGCAUUUCACUACCGUUCGUUUUGUUCGGGCAGUCAGCUGCGCUGCAAAGUACUCUCUAGCCCGCUCUCUGGUGGCCCUGAGCAGCUCACAUUGCCAGUCCCCUCUCACUUUAAAGAACUUUGACCAGAACUACAUCCAAUCUGCCGACAAUUUCUUCGACCAUGGAGAUUGCAUAGUGUUAACGAGAGUCUGCUUUUAUGCUUUAAACCUUGUGUGGCUCUCCAUGUGCCCCGCACCUUAAUGUUUCCAGUGCAUUGUUGAAAAGGUGUCACAA